UUGUACAACUGGAUACAAAAUCAGAACUAUCAUUUGGUGUGUAAACAUGAAGAGGAGCGUGAAAGACAUUCCGCAACUGGAAGCCGGCAGCAAACCGGGCGACGAUUUGUUCAAGCCGAAAAAGAAGUAUCCAUCUUUCUGGAAGAACCUCACCAAUUACAUAACCGAAUUCACCGAGAACACCAGUCUUCACGGCGUCCGAUAUUUGGGAGAGAAGAAACGAACAGUUUUCGAGAAGAUAUGUUGGACUACGAUAUUCGCAAUAUCACUCUUCUUGUGUAUCGAGCUGAUUCUGAAGACUUACCAGAAAUGGGACAACUCUCCUGUAAUUGUGAGCUUCGCGCAGAGCCCAACUCCUGUUUGGCAGAUUCCGUUUCCGGCUGUUACCAUCUGCCCGGAAAUGAAGAUGCGCCAAAGAGUAUUCAACUACACCGAUUUCUACCACAGGAAUUUAGCCAACAACUUAACAGAAGAAGAAGCUAAGCAAUAUAGUGAUGCUAGUUUGGUAUGCGACACUCACUUGUUCCACCACGGAGGAAACUUGACGAAUCUGGAAACAUUAGAUUUUUUGGCCAAGGUUGCUCCGCAAUUCGAGGAGGUUUUGAUGAUGUGCAAGUGGACAAAUAUGAACGAAACUUGCAGCAAUUUGUAUACUACUGUUUUAACGGAAGAUGGUAUAUGCUUUACCUUUAAUAUGUUGGAUCGGGAUGAUAUAUACACGAAUGAAGUGUAUCAUAAUAAGGAUUUCUUGAAGCACGGACACGACAGACAUGGUUGGACUUUGGAGAAAGGUUAUUUGAAGGACGCAGGAAGAAACACGUUUCCUAGGAGAGCUUUAUCUUCAGGAUCGAAAGCAGGUUUGACUUUGUUGUUGAGAGCUUUCGAACAAGAUAUAGACUACAUUUGCAAAGGACCUGUGCAAGGUUUUAAGUUGUUGUUCCACCAUCCUUUAGAAGUUCCUAGAAUGAGUACUCAAUACUUCAGAGUACCUUUGAAUCAAGAAGUUAUAGUUAACGUGAAACCUGACAUGAUAACGAUUUCUGAAGCCCUCAGAAACUACGAUCCUCACAGACGCCAAUGCUAUUUCUCCUCAGAACGUCAGCUGAGGUAUUACAAGAACUACACUCAACAGAAUUGCGAGGUCGAAUGCUUGACUAACUUUACCCUGGCGACUUGCGGUUGCGUCGCCCACCAUAUGCCUCAUACUGAAUCCACCCCAAUCUGCGGUUCGGGUAAUACCAUUUGUAUGGCAAUGGCAGUCCAUAAAUUACUCGCUGUGCAAGUCGACGAGGGAAUCAGCUCGUUCCAUGAAGGCGACGACGAGAUUAAGGAGGGAAAGUGUAACUGUCUACCGGCAUGUACAUCUUUAACGUACAACGCGGAAACCUCUCAAGCCGAUUUCAACUGGCAAGCCUUGUUUAGGGCCUACAAAUCUGACUUGAACGAAUUCCCUGGGAUACAGAUGGCUCGAGUGACAAUUUUCUUCAAAGAAAUGCAGUUCAUCACAUCGGAGAGGAACGAGUUGUACGGAUACACGGAUUUUCUGGCCAACUGCGGCGGACUGCUCGGACUGUUCAUAGGAUUCUCAUUCCUUUCGGUCAUAGAAACCAUAUACUUCGUGACGUUGAGACUUGUGUGCAACGUGAGGAGAUACGGCCGUCAUUACUGGUCCGGUUCUCCGGAGCUGGUAAACAACGAUGCUUACGACCACAAGAAGUAAUCCCUCUUCCAUCUGUAACGACUCCCGUGCCCAUAUUAAUUGCACAAUGAAAAACAAGAAGUAGAAAGAGCAAGAAAAAAAGUAGAAACAACAAAGCGGGUUUGGCUUCUAAUAAGUAAUCAGUUUCCUGCUUUCUCCCGAUGCAUCCGAUCCUUCUUCACUUUCAUUAGCAGUAUUUUCACUUUUACGUGAAUUGUAUAGAUAGACGUACGCAUCGUAAUUCACGCAAUAGCCCUAGUUUAAAUUCGAAAAGGGCUGCUCUGGUCAAUGCUGGAAACCAGUUUUGCUAAUGCAAAUGACCUCUAGUAGUGUAACGCUCUCUGCAAUUGGGGACAAUCAAUGUUUCCUUUCACCCUUUUCCUUCCGUUUCAAAAAACGCGUCAAGUUCACUGUCCUCGUGACUCAUCAUCCUCUGUAAUCAAUAUAACACGUCAACAGAACAAUUGCCGGAACACUGAGUACUUGAUAAGCUAGUAACAUUUGUGGUUUGAAAAUUGUCCACACAAUAAUAUGAUAUAGAAAUCACGGAUUCCACAUUUGCUCGUGGAAAUUCUGUACACGUCUGAUAAAAAAAUGCUUUUACUUUACGUAAGCAUUUUUUACUUUCUCGUAUGCGUAUGUAUGCGCGUGUACUUCUUUUUUUGCUAUUCAAUACAAAUAAUUACAUGUUAAUUAUCUUCUAUACUUUA